AUGUUUCGACAAGCUCCUCGACUCCUGCGCCGUCCUGCAGGUCAGCUUGCUCGAUCUGCACGCUCGGUCAAAGCGCCCCGGGCCAUGGCCUUCACCCGCUCCGCCUCGAGCCUCACUCCAGUCAGUCCACCAGUAUCGACACAACUACCCUCCGACUCGUUUCAGCUCCUAUCCACCGCCGACAAGGCAGGCGCUGCUGAGGAUGCACUCUUUGAACAGCAGGUUCAAGAUGUCAAGGCCUGGUGGGCUACCGAUCGGUACAAGGACAUCAGAAGGCCGUACAGUGCUGAGGAUGUUGUGAGCAAGAGAGGCACACUUCAGCAGUCAUACCCAAGCUCCAUUACAGCACGCAAGCUGUGGCAACUCAUCCAGGAACGAGGUUCUCAGGGCCAGCCAGUUCAUGUCAUGGGCACCAUCGAUCCCGUUCAAAUGACCCAACAAGCCCCUUACCAAGAGCUCCUAUACGUUUCUGGUUGGACAUGCUCCUCACUCCUCACCACCACCAACGAAGUCUCGCCUGACUUUGGCGAUUAUCCGUACAACACUGUCCCUAAUGCAGUGCAGCGAUUGUUCAAAGCUCAAUCAAUGCAUGACCGCAAGCAGUUCGACGCCCGCAGAAAGAUGUCUGCUGAGGAGCGAGCAAAUACUCCAUAUGUCGACUACUUCAGGCCCAUAGUGGCUGAUGGAGAUACCGGCCAUGGCGGUCUUUCUGCCGUCAUCAAGCUGGCCAAACUCUUUGCAGAGAAUGGCGCCGCUGCUGUUCACUUCGAAGAUCAGCUCCAUGGCGGGAAAAAGUGUGGUCAUCUGGCAGGCAAAGUUCUUGUGCCCAUGGGUGAUCACAUCAAUCGACUGGUGGCGGCUCGCUUCCAGUGGGAUCUGAUGGGUGUGGAGAAUCUGGUUUUCGCCCGCACUGACGCAGAAAGUGGCAAGCUUCUCAGCAGUGCCAUCGAUGUCCGAGACCACGAGUACAUUCUUGGCGUUGCAGGAGAUACUGAGCCUCUUGCUGAAAUUCUGCAGCAAAUGGAGCUCGACGGCGCACCUGGCUCGGAGAUCGACAAGUUCGAGGCCGCCUGGGUCAAAGACCACAAACUUGUCACUUUCGACGAGGCCGUAGAAGCCCACAUCAAGUCCGAGGGUGGCAAUCCUGCCGAAUACCUCUCCAAGACAGCGGCGGACCGCAAUAUGUCCCUGACUAAGCGCCGUGCUCUUGCAGCCAAGUACUCAAAAAGCCCGGUGGUCUGGUCUUGUGAUGUACCACGAACCCGCGAGGGUUUCUACCAUUACCAGGCUGGAAUUGCUGCUGCUACCAAACGUGCAACAGCAUAUGCGCCAUAUGCCGAGCUCUUGUGGGUCGAGACUGCGAGACCCUUAGUUGAGCAGGCCGCCUCGUUCUCGCAGGAAAUUCGUGCUGUACACCCCAAUAAGGGCUUUGUGUAUAACCUAAGCCCGUCCUUCAACUGGAAGAAGGAGGGCUAUGACGAUACCACCCUGAAGAACUUCAUUUGGGAUCUGGCGAAACAUCGUUUCAUCAUUCAGCUGGUCUCGGUGGCUGGCUUACACACCCAGGCUACCAUUACCACCGAACUUGCUCGAAGGUACAAGGACGAGGGUAUGCUUGCAUAUGUCAACAUGAUACAGAACAAAGAGCGUGAACUCAACAUUGAUGUGCUCACUCACCAGAAAUGGAGUGGUGCUCCCUACAUGGACGGCGUCCUUGGUGCUAUCCAAAGUGGUAGUAGUGGAACCAAAGGGAUGGGUGAAGGCAACACUGAAGACACCUUCUAA